UCAGGUUCCAGAAAGUGUGCAAUUAUCAUGUUUAAAUUCAGAGUAAACUUUUGAAAGAGGUUAAUUAUAAACACGUUGAAAAUGGAGGGCAAAAAGAAAUUUACCUGCCACUUAGAGGUCGAAGAGGGUCAAUAUCCAGAGUAUUGUGUGCAAGAUGUAUGCUGUGGAGUUUACAAACAAAAAAGCUGGUUCUCAACCGUCGUUUGUCUACUUUUAGUAUCACUGAUAAUCGUUGUACUAACUUGUUACCUGAUAUACUUAUGGAUAACCUAUGUGGAAGGAGAUAAAAACAAUACUCAAACCCGGUCCGAGCAACGACGUCAACCUUUGCAGGACGAGAAAAUAAAACCAAAGAAUGUAGGCAAAGAAGAGCAUGGUAACGAUAAGAUUGGAAAGAUGAGUGAACAUGAAACUGAUGAGGUAGAGGAUGAAUCUGACGAGGAGAAAGACGAGGAUGAAAAUAAAACAUCUCCACCUCAGAUAUCUCAAGAUUUAGUGAAGAAGGAUGAAUCACAAGACCUUGAUGGUGGAAAUGAUGAUUCUCAUAGUCAGGGUUCUACAAGAGAUGUUCCUACUACUUCUAAUGAUAAUGCAAACAAUCAAACGUCUGCUGAUAGAGAGUUACCUAUUGGGAGUCAAGAGUCUUCUUCUACUAAACAUGGUAGUAAGAAUACUCCUCGAAACAUUGGUAAUGAUAACAUCAAAAUAACUUAUAUCAAAGAGGAAUUCAUUCUCCCUGACGAAAAUAAAAAAGAAAAUAAUAGUAAUAAUGACGAGAAUUCUGUCAAAUACUAUAAUCUCAAUUACCAAAGGCAUUCAUCGGAAGACAAAGAUGACAAUUUAAGGGAGGGAAUGACCUUAGGAGACAAUAUUCCAAAUGAAAAAUUUAAUAGAAGUGGAAGUAAAAAUAGUUUAACUGUACUCAAUAAGUCAUCAAAUGACGAGUUUAGCUUUGAACCAAAUGAUACAAGUUCAAUUCAACAAGAUUUACCUGAUGAUUUAGAGAGCAAAAACAUAACAAAAGGCGGUUUAGACGAUGAGUUGGUAGCUGGGCAUGUGACUAAUGAUGGUUUAGACGAUGAGUUGGAAGCUGGGCAUGUGACUAAAGAUGGUUUAGACGAUGAGUUGGAAGCUGAGCAUGUGACUAAAGAAGGUUUAGACGAUGAGUUGGAAGCUGGGCAUGUGACUAAAGAUGGUUUAGACGAUGAGUUGGAAGCUGGGAAUGUGACUAAAGAAGGUUUGGACGAUGAGUUGGAAGCUGGGCAUGUGACUAAAGAAGGUUUAGACGAUGAGUUGGAAACUGGGCAUGUGUCUAACCAGAUCUCGAAUGAUAAUGAAUAUUCUAGGUUAUCGAAGAAUGAAUCUUCCAAGGAAUCUGUUAUUGAGAAAAAGGAUUAUGAUCAUAAUACACCUAAUAUAGAAAGAAGUAAUGAUGAAGAAUAUACAAAGCGAGAUUCGAGAGUAGAUAAAAAGAGUUAA